UUGAGUCAUCAGCCACAACCACAUCUGCCUGUCAAAAAUCCUCUACAAGGCGUGUAAAUGUGCAAUCCCAUUGGUUUUGCACAGCUACAGUACACCUAUUGGAUAUGACCAUAUUCUCACAUCCGAUUGGUCACUUGUGGAGAUGGUGUGCUCUAGUUGGCCUCAGGAAAAGUCAAUCAGAUGAUAUCCUUCCUCCCCUGGUUGCGCGAGCCUCAGAAUGUUAGUAUUGUCUAUGGGCGCGGCAUCACAUCACACGCUAUCAUAUUAGUGAAUUGUUUUUCGGUGUUGGUUAAUGUUGCAUUGCUGCGACAUAGUCUCAUGUUCUCUAUCUGCGUUCUUAUUCACUGGUUUGUAGCGGCGGGUAGUGAGUGAGGGUCUUUGCGCUACUCGGAGUGACUGGUCAGACCAGGGAAAAAACGGGACCAGAGCUUUUCUGGGUUUUUGUUUCUGACAUUGUUCAUAAUUUUCAACAUUCCUUGGAGGAAUAAACUCAAUUGAAAGACUCCAGAAGGGUCCUUGUGCGUUCAUCAACACCGCAUACAGGUGUUCCAACAAUCCUCACCAUGGAGGCCAUUGCCAAAUACGAUUUCAAAGCCACUGCAGAUGAUGAGUUGAGUUUUAAACGUGGAGAGACGUUGAAGGUUUUGAAUGAAGAAUGCGACCAGAACUGGUACAAGGCGGAGCUGAAUGGGAAGGAAGGCUUCAUCCCCAAGAACUACAUAGAAAUGAAGGGACACCCGUGGUUCUAUGGUAAGAUCCCCCGGGCGAAGGCAGAGGAGAUGCUGAACAAACAGAGGCACGAUGGGGCCUUCCUCAUCCGAGAGUCAGAGAGCGCACCGGGAGACUUCUCACUCUCUGUCAAGUUUGGUAAUGACGUGCAGCACUUCAAGGUCCUGCGUGACGGGGCUGGGAAGUACUUCCUGUGGGUGGUCAAGUUCAACUCUCUCAACUCCCUGGUGGACUACCACCGUUCCACCUCUGUGUCCCGCAACCAGCCCAUCUUCCUCAGAGACAUCGAGCAGGUCCCACAGCAUUCAACGUAUGUGCAGGCGCUGUUCGACUUCGACCCUCAGGAGGAUGGCGAGCUGGGCUUCCGACGCGGCGACUUCAUCCAGGUCCUGGACAACUCCGACCCCAACUGGUGGAAAGGGGCGUGCCACGGCCAGACGGGCAUGUUCCCGCGCAACUACGUCACGCCCGUCAACCAAAACAUGUGAUUACGUCACGCCCGUCAACCAAAACAUUUGAUUGGCUAAGUGAAUAAUGACAUGGUCCCCCAUUGGCCCAUUUACACCCCCUCAGGACUUUCUGAGGGACUCUUCAGAAACACAGACCUAAAUGAGGAAUGGAGGAAUGGGAAGAGGAGCAUAAACCCUGCAAAGACACAGAGAGAGAGAGAGAGAGAGAGAGGGGCAGAUUUCAUUACUUAGACUCUACAGUUGACUCUGUGGAUUCUUUGAUGCAAUGAGGGAGACGCACGGAACAGAGAAGCAUUGCAAAGGAACACAAGGGAUAUAGCUAGACUCCGGCAACGGCCUCCCUGCCUAUACGUUCUUUGUUUUCUUUCUUUUAUGCAUGACAUCACCACCCUAUGUUUCAGUCUAUUAGACAAAGACAAUGAAAAAGAUGUCAGAGACCAAAGACUCUAGUCUAGUGUGUUAUUGAUAUCAACCCAGCUUUGGGCUCUCAGAGAAGGACCAUGGACUGGAGAGAAAUUCUAUUGUUUUCGAUGUGUAUGUAUAUCUAUAAAUAUUUGUAGUUUGAGCCUGUUUUAGUGUGUGUUUUUUUCAUUCAUUUACUUGAUUUCUUCUCUAUUUGUAGGCCUAAAUAUUGUCACAUUCAUUUGGUACCAAAUGGAAGGAAACAGACCGAAACAGGGAGGAACUAUCUGAACUGAAUAAGAAACACUUGUUUUUUGUUUUCCGUAGCAAAACGUUUUGCUACGUUUUGAAACUGUGCACUAAUGAAUAUGACCCAGAUCAUGCACAGAGGCUCUGAGACAAGAAGCUAAAUGGUUUUCAUGUGAUCGGGAGUUAUUCAAUACGCUCAAGACAGGAAUAAUAUUUCAACCAUAUUUAAGGUGGAAAUCUAAUUUGGAAAAUGUCCGGAUUUCUACUUUGUUCUGGUGUGAAAGCGGAAGCUCGGCUAUCAGCUGGAACAAAUUGUCAUUUCUUUUUAACCCGUUUAGACAUUUAGGGGCUUUCUGCAUUCUUAAAUGUAGCCAUCUUUCUCAAUAAAAUCAGAGACAAUGGUAUAGAGUUUUAUGUCCACCCGCAAACAAUAGACUUAACUGAUGAUGGGGCUGAUUCAAUGUGACCUAAACGUAGCUAAAUCAUCUUGUAAGGGUUCUGUAUGGAGAUUGCUAGUGAAACGGCAGUAUCCUUAUAAUCAUCAGUUCUAUGAAAGAAGGGAUUGAAUAGUGUACAGAUGAGAGCGCUACAGUCACUGAUUUCACCCUGCGUCUGUUGAAGUUGGAUUGUGCCUUUUCCAUCUCUAGUGUUUUCUGUCUCUCCAGGUUGACCAAUGAGCGGUUUUAAGCGGCAGAUCGCAGAGAUAUGGGGACCAAUGAAAUGUCUCCAUUUUCCACACAUGCCUGCCAUUGGUUAGGGGCUACCUUAUGGAAUCCCCAGUCUGUAUCUCUGAUUAUGGAACGUAUCAAAAGGGCUUUUGGAAUUCUAUGACAUUAGAUGCAAUGACAUUCUCUGUCGAUUUGUUUGUGUCGAAAGGGGGACAUUUGUGACAGCGGGUGAAAAGAAGUCACAGAAAAUAUAGUUUUAGCAUUUCCUGAAAGAGGGGACAUGAAUUGUCAUGAAGACCAAUAUAAGUGCUUGAUCUGGGCAACAUCUUAACUAUUUAUCCUUCAGUCAGUGUCUGCUUGUGACGGAGGCAGAAUGGAAUCCUCCAUCUUGAUAAAGAGAUUAAAGGACCAACGAUGCUGACUCUACAUCAGGACGACAAGCGCAACGGGUGGGUCAUUGACCUCUAUUGAACUCUGUGUCCACAACUCUCUACUUUGGACCUUUUGAGAAUCUUGAAGAGGACCUCAAAUGCAAGAAAUUCCAUCUUAUCUCUCCUUCACUCUGCUUGUUAUUCCCCAUCUACACUUAUGCUUUUGGUUUCUUACAUUUUAGUCAUUUGAAGUGAAAUGGUUGAAAUACACGAAGAGGCAGGUCUGAAGGGAAUAUGCAGGGAGUGGACCAUGCAAGUUUUUCAAUGUUAUUUCUAGCCUGCAAUGAACUGCAAUGAGCCAAUCCAAUGAACUGAUACUCCGAUUGACUUGCAGGUGUUUGAGAAUGCAAGGGCAGGGGAGACCUUGCUUAUGUGGAUCCGGUAUGAACUGUAGCCUGCUAUGUGUCAUCUUGCUGUUGUUGCAAAGCCCCCCCCCCCAUUCAAAGUUCAGUAUGUCACACUAUGUCAAAAAAAGCACGAAAAUGUGACGUGUGUAUGUAUUGUCUGUACGAGACUUGUGUAUAUACUUCAGGUGUGUCUCAAUUCUCAGCCAAUCAUAUGACAUGUAUGACCCUGAAAUUUUCCUGCCCAUCUGAUCUGGAGUAUUUCCUAGUCAUGUCACGUGUUCAAGAAAAAUUCCUGGCCCUUGACUUUAUGUGAUUGCAGAGGUCAAUGUUUCUGCAGGUUUAGAGUUGAGACUGGUACCCUACUGGUUGACUCUUUGCCUGGUUAAACCAGAUUGAACGCUGCAUUCAGUCUUCUACCAGACUGUAGAUUUAGCUGCUCUCAAGGGGCUGAUAAAUAGGACCCAGUCCAAAAUUUUGAUGUCUAAUUACGCUGUCUCUAGGUUCCUGGACAGCCUUGCACUCUCCCAUUGUCAAUAUUUACUCUCUCCUCGGUCAGUCAGUCAUUCAUUACAGUGCGAAGGUCGCCAGCAAGUGAACCAUUCAUUAAGCCUAGUUAAAUAAUACGUAACGCUGCACUCAGCACUCACUAUUGAUUCACUUCAGUGACAAUAGUCUCCAGUCUGGUUUAACCAGUCUACAGGUAUCAUUCUAUGGUUUAUUUCCUCGUUCACUCAAUUGCAGCCGUCUGACUCGUAUUAUUCCAGAGUGGUAUCAGACAGUGGUUGACACCUAAGAUGAUGUGAUUGUUUACAUUAUGCUGGAAAGUCUUUGUAUGUAUAUCUAUCUGACAUGGUUGCUUUACGAUGUCAUUUCACGAUGUGUGUGUAUUUGGAGAAGAAAAAAAACAUUUAAUUUUUCAAACGGGAGGAUGAUGAUCACCCCUGAUGUCUGUCACAGCAUUUGAUUUCCUUUGAUCGUAGAUAGACAGAAUAAUAAAACAAUCACUAUGGAAAAGCUA